AAACUUAACUCUUAAAUGAAAUUCAUCUCUUUAAUAGCCAUUUUAAUUUAUUUUAUCUGUUUUUAUUGCUUCUUACAGGAUUCUGAAAAAUAUGUGGCGCAGUUAUUAGAAUUAUUUAGAAGAUUCAGUAAACUAGUCAAAGAAUCAUUUAUUAAUGAUCCUAGAUUCCUAGCAUCAAGAGAUAAGGCCUUCAAGAAAAUCGUCAAUGAUAUAUCAGUUUUCAGCUUAGAAUUACCUACAAAAAAGAGAACAGGUAAAACUGAGCCAGAAUCUCGUUGCCCAGAACUGUUGGCUAAUUAUUGUGAUAUGCUGCUGAGAAAAACACCUCUUAGCAAAAAAUUGACAUCAGAUGAAAUUGAAGGAAAAUUAAAGGAUGUGCUUUUAAUUCUCAAGUAUGUUCAAAACAAAGAUGUUUUCAUGAGGUAUCACAAAUCUCAUCUUACAAGACGGCUCAUUCUUGAGACUUCAGCUGAUAAUGAGAAAGAAGAAAACAUGGUCAAUGGCUUAAGAGAUAUUGGUAUGCCUGCUGAUUACGUGAAUAAAUUAUCGAGAAUGUUUCAAGACAUAAAAGUAAAUGAAGAUCUUAAUGAAGAAUUCAAAGGAACUUACCAUACUAAAAACUCUUUGGCUGAUUUGGUGAAAAUAAAGAUUCUUAAUACUGGUGCUUGGGCUAGGGCAAGUGAGCGAAUACCAGUUUCAUUGCCACUAGAAUUAGAAGAUUUUAUACCUGAAGUUGAAGAAUUUUAUAAGCAGAAAUACAGUGGUCGUAAACUUCAGUGGUAUCAUCACAUGUCAAACGGCACGAUUACUUUUAGCAACUCAGUUGGAAAGUUUGAUCUAGAAAUUACAACAUUUCAAAUGGGAAUUUUGUUUGCUUGGAAUCAACGACCACAUGAGAAGAUAACAUUUGAAAAUCUGCGUCUAGCUACGGAACUACCAGAUACUGAAUUGAGAAGAAAUUUGUGGUCCUUAGUUGCCUUUCCUAAAUUGAAGCGACAAGUUUUAUUGUAUUCACCUGAAGUUAAGACACCUAAAGAUUUUGAUGAGAGUACUUCUGCAUUUUGGAUCAAUCAAAAGUUUGCAAUAAUAAAGAAUAACAAACCUCAGACAAGAGGCAAGAUUAAUUUAAUAGGAAGACUUCAGUUGUCAACUGAAAAAAGUAAGCAAGAAGACAAUGAAUGCAUAGUACAUCUGCGAAUACUUAGAACUCAGGAAGCAAUAGUGAAAAUAUUGAAAAUGAGGAAAAGAGUGACAAAUGCACAGUUACAAACUGAACUUGUAGAAAUUUUGAAAAACUUAUUUUUGCCAUCCAGAAAAAUGAUGAAAGAGCAGAUAGAAUGGCUUAUUGAGCACAAGUAUAUGAAACGAGAUGAUGAUGACAUAAGAGUUUUCCACUACAUGGCAUGAUUUUAUGCAUAGAUUUUAUAUGGACAAUUUUGUCAAUUUUGAAAGUCAUUCACUUUGAAUGGAAUAAUUUGUAUUUUGUAAAUAAGUGUUUUUUUUUUUUUUCAUUAUUUUACAUAUUUUUAAUGUGUUUUUAAAUAAAAAAUUUUCAAAUUCGGAGUAA